GUGAUGGAUCGGAAACUUUAUUGACACCGAUUUUCGGACAAACAACAGUGUGUCCUUCAGUCCAGGUUGUUUUUGAUGCCCUUCUGAAACCAAGAAUCGGGGUCGGUUUGAAAGGAAAGCGUUCUUUUGUGGACCAUGGCGGCGAAGAUUUUCCCUCUCAUCAAACUGGCCACGAAGGUGACUAUCGCAGGAGGGGCUCUUUACGUCGCCUUUGAUUCCGGGCUCCUGGGCACCAGCAAGCAGGGCUCCGAAGCUUUGGGGCGGGCCCAAGCGGCCAUACCGCCCGCUUUGGAGGAGUGGAUGAAGUAUUUUGGCUUGCAGGCUCAACUUCCAGCAGUACCCAAAGUUGAAUUCUCUCCGGUCCAAGCUUGGAAUUCUGGGGUGAGAACAUCCAUUUCAGCUCUGUCGGAGGCGCCAAGAAAAGCAAGCGAAUAUUCCACUCGGGGCUUGCAAUAUGUUAAAGACCUCACCAAGUGAACAGUAACACAUCCAAGCGUCUUUAUCACUAAGUUUGCACGUGACGGACUUGUUCUAAAGAGUUGCAGCCUGUUGAGCAGGGGUGGGGAAGAUUCUACCAUGCACACAGCCAUGCAAUUCUAAAUAAGAUCAUUUAUUUUGGAAAAAAAAAAGUCCACUUACACUCAGAGCAUAAUCAUGAAUAUUUGUUCAAUUGUCAUAUUUUCCACUUGCAGGACUAAAAUGGCAGCUGAUAGGACAAAAGUUCCCCACCUCUGUUCAAUAGAAGAAACAUCAAGUUGUUCAAUUUAAGAGACGUAGGUUGUGGUAUUGUACAUAAUGCUAGAAUAUAAAAUUUUUAAAAUAAACAACCAAUUGCUCAA